GCCUGGACGUGUUUACAAACCGAAAGUUUUUGACAGCGAACAAAAACAAAUUUAAAUUAAGAGAUUUCUACAGCGAGUGUGUUUGUUAGAACUGUCAGUGAUCAAGAUUCACAGUACUUUUGGAACAUGAGUGAAUGGUUUAACCUUUAACCUUGUAAGCACGACAAAACAUGGCAGACGAGGCGGGCAAACUGACGCUGCGGCGUCUGGAGGCACCCAUUCAAAAAUUCAUCAAAGUAGCGAUUCCCACUGACCUGGAGCGCCUUCAGCAUCACCAGCACAACAUAGAGAAGUUCCAGAGAAGCUGUCAGUGGGACAAACUGCACCAGGAGCACAUCAACGCCAGUCGCACUGUGCAACAGCUACGCUCUAACCUGCGAGAGAUGGAGAAGCUCUGUGAGCUCGUUCGCACCGCUGACGCCCCAGCGCUGGACAAACUUGUUCAGCCAAUCAGAGAACGUGCCUCAGUCGCCGCUCAAAACUUCCUGCGGCUCCACUCCGAGUCCAUCGGUCAUCCAGGGCCCCAGCCCCAGCAGACACCAGGCACAGACCCUCACAAUAUUACUGACACGACAUGUAAGUGUGAAGACAAUGAAGAUGUUGGCGGGGUAAUGUCUCCUGUCACUCAAAGUCAAAUUCUGCUACCUGCCAUCCCGGCUGAACAAAAUGCUGCCGAAUCCUGGGACUCGUUAGAGGAGGACCUACUGGAGCUUAAUGGUUUAGUGAAUGAGUUCUGCUCCCUCGUGCAUGCCCAGCAGGAGAAGAUCGACAGCAUCGAGGCCAAUGUUAGCGUAGCGGCGGCUAACGUGGAGGAGGGGACACGCAGCCUGGGAAAGGCGGCGCGCUCGGGCCUGGCGGUUUUGCCCAUAGCUGGCGCGGUGGUCGGCACCGUCUUGGCGGGCCCGCUGGGUUUGCUGGCUGGAUUUAAAAUAGCAGGAGUGGCGGCAGCGGUAGGAGGAGGGAUACUGGGCUUUGCUGGAGGAAACCUGAUCCAGCGCAAGAAGAAGGAACGAGUGGAGCUCCAGCUUCAACAGCUUAACACUAAUCACGGACACGAACACACGAAUUAACACACCUGCUGCAGGUGGAAGAGGGGAAUACUACACCUCUGUACUUGCAUUUUAAUUCAUCUGUGAAGAGCACAAACACAGAGCGGAGCGGACUUCUCUCAGCUGUACUGCCUUCAACGGUGACGAGUCGUUUCUCCAGAGAUGAAGCUUCUCCUCGUUUCUUCCUCUCGGCUGCCUAACGGAUGUUGUACUGUUUUGAAAUCGACGUGGCUGCUGGUCAAAUAGUCAUGUGGACGUGGUGGCUGUGGGACAGAUUUUUUUUAGGACAUUUUAAGUGGUAAUAAACAAAAGCCCGGGUCUUUUAUUGAUCGAGCGACAUGCUUUGCACUGCAGAGAUCACCGAGGUGUCAGGAGUGUUGGGUUAUGAGUGAAUAUGAGUUGGAAGUUUGCUCUGGGAUUGUACAGAGUGAUGUGGGUGGCUGUCUGAGCUGCGUGAUAUGGACACAGGUUGUGAUAAUAGUGCUACACGGUUCAAUUGCAACGACUUUGUAAUGUCUGCAACUGUCCAAGCACUUCACAGUACACAGUACUUCACUCUGUAUACAGAUGUGCACAAAUUGGGUCCUAACUUUUCUCUGCUCAUAAGUACCUCCACUGGGUAAAUUUCUAAAUAGAUAGAUUGACAGAAAGAUAGACAGACAGACCAACAGUACAUGUACACUAUAUUGCCAAAAGUAUGUGGACACCUGACCAAGACUUUGUUAGACUAUUUGACUCUUUGACCACAAUCUAUAAUUGGGCCAUUAUUAUAGAGUCGCCCACCCUUUGCAACUAAACUCAUCUCCACUCUUUUGUGUAGAUGUUCCACAAGAAUUCGGAGUGUGUCUGUGAGAAUUUGUACCUCCCAGCCUUAUAUAAGAAUUGCUCACACAAAACACACUAAAUGGACAACAUAUGUGAACACCUGACCACAAACUUGUUGGACAUGCCAUUCUAAAACCUUGGGGAUUAUUACAGAGCUUAAAUAUAUACUAUUCAGGCCUUACUUCAUUUUUUGGAGUGUGUCUGUGGGAAUUUGUACAUCUUCACAUUCUUAUAUGACAACUGAUCACACAAAACACCUGACCAUAAACUUUUUGGACAUGCCAUUCAAUAACUAUGGAGAUUAUUACAAAGUAUAUACUAUUCAGGGUUUACUCCAUGUUUUGGAGUGUGUCUGUGGGAAUUUGUACAUCUUCACAUUCUUAUAUGACAGUUGAUCACACAAAACACUUGACCAUUGUUGGACAUGCCAUUUUAAGAACUUGGGGAUUAUUACAGAGUUGAAGUAUCUACUAUUUAGAGUUUACUCUGUGUUUUGGAGUGUGUCUGUGGGGAUUUGUACAUCUUCACAUUUUUAUGACCUGACCAUUGUUAGACAUGCCAUUUAAAAAACAUGUGGAUUAUUACAGAGUUAUAGUAUAUACUAAUCAGGGCUUAUACCGUGUUUUGGAGUGUGUCUGUUAGAAUUUGUACAUCUUCUCAUCCUAAUAUUAGAAUUGCUCACACAAACACUAAAAACAACAUAUGUGAACACCUGACCAUAAACUUGUUGGACAUGACAUUAAAAAACUAUAGGGAUUAUUACAGAGUUAAAAUAUCUACUAAUCAGGGCUUAUACCAUGUUUUGGAGUGUGUCUGUGGGAAUUUAACACACUGCAAAAUCUCCCCAAGCAAAAAAAACACACUUUUAAGGUUUUCCAUCUGUCUCAAUUGUGUUAGCAGGGUUGAGCUCAGGGGUUCAUUCUUCAAGGAGUUCCUUAAAAUGUAAAAACCACGUGUUUAAAGCUCUCACUGUAGCCACAGAGCACAGUGAUGCUGGAGAAUUAAAGAUGCUUGUCCAAGCUGUGGCAUAUUAAGGGUGUAGUUUAUUUUAUACACCUGUCAGCACUGGGUCAGGCUAAAACCAAAAACCAACAUUUUGUAAUAUGAGGGGCGUCCACAAACUUUUGACCAUGUUAUGGUUUUUUUUUCUCCCUGUAGAGUAAGAAGUAAUAAAUCGAAUGUUUUUAGAAUAUGACUGUAAUAGCUGGUCUGGAUACUGCUAUAUGUUUUAUCUGUUUAUCCAUUGAUCUUUUUUUCUACACAAGUGGCCAGUAUAAUUCACCGGUUUCAAAUGUGACGUUUAAGCACCUGUUUGUUUAUGUAGCAGAUAGGUGUACCCAGAGCCGUAGAUAGAGAGAGUUGCGACACUCCUUGAUCUCGCCGCUACGCGGUCACGUGGUUCAUGUAACCCUCAAUAGUUCCAAACAAACCCGGCGCUGUCAUGUUCUCAAAUGGGACAGGCAGCAGUAAAUGAAAUAUUAAACGGCAAAUAAUAAACAUUUGUACAAUUUC